GCCGGCCGGGCCGGUGACGUCACGCGGCCCCGGGCCCCGCUCCUCCGCGCCGAUAAAAUUUGGCGCAAAAAAACUCGGGACCCCCGUGAGGACCCCCGCGAGGGACCCCCUCUUUUGGCAGGGACCCCCCCCCCUCGCCACCCACCAGGGGGACCCCACCCCCCCCUCGACCCUCAUCCUCGCUCCGUCUGCAGCGCCGCUCUCCGCCCCAGCUGCACUCAUGGCGGAGGUGCUGGACAGGGGUGUGAAGCGCGGCCGUGGGGAUCUCCACGGGGACGCGGAGGGGAGCGCGCAGGGGGGGGGCACGCAGGGGGGGGGCACGCCUGGAGGCACGAAGGGGGGCGAGGAGGAGCGUGCGGCGAAGGUUCCUCGCACGGAGCCCCCAGCGGACGCGGAGCCCGGGGGACGGCCAAGCACAGAGGGGGCCCCCGAGCCCCCAGAGCGCCUGCCCUUGGACGAGGAGGGAGGGCGGCCCGACCCGGCCGCUCUGCCCGACGGUGCCGUCGCCGUCGCGAGCGCCCGGCCGGAUGUGGAGCCCGAGCGGAGCGCGGAGCCAGAGCCGGCGAACCCGAGCCCCGUGCCGGAGGCCGAGGCUCGCCGCGACGGCCCCACGCCGCCGCCUGCGCCGUCGCCGCCCGACGCCGCCGACGCCGCCGCCGCCGCCGCCGCGGUGCGGGUCAAGGCAGAGCCGCCCGACUGGAGCGAGGAGCAGCAGCAGCAGCGCUCGCCGGCGCUGGCCGCGGCCCGCGCUGCCCGCGCCAGGGCCAGGGCGGGCAAGGAGAACGUGCAGGGUGGCGGUGGCGGCGAGGAGCCCGUGGACAUGUCGACGGCGCGCGGGGACCUCAAGCGGGACAAGCGACCCCCGACCCCAGAAGUGAUCGUUCUGUCGGAUAACGAGUCGUCAAGCCCCCACAACAACAACAACAACAACCACCACCACCAUGGUGGGGGCGGCGGCGGCGGCGGUGGAGGCGGUGGAGGCGGUGGUGGUGGCGGCCACUCUAACGGCACCACAGGCCCGGAGGACCUGAAGCGCUUCUGCUCGGAGGAGCGGUCUCGCCUCAUCAAGCGGCUUGCUGAUGAGCUGCGUCUGGAGGAGACGAAACUUGUGCUGCUGAAGAAGCUGAGACACAGCCAGAUCCACACGGCGUCUCACAAGGAGAACAGCCAGCUGCGGGGCCCCCUGGAGAGGCACGGAGUGCCGGGGGGAGGGCCCCCCCCACUCAUGAGGGGGGGGCAGGGCACCCCCGCCGGCCACUCCCCCAGCCCCCCGGGAAGACGAGCAUCAUGCCCCCCCUGUUGCGCGGAUCCCAGAGAGUACAUGAGGGGGUCGGUGGUGCGUGCCCCCCCUCCGCUGCUACUGGCCCCCCGCCCCGGGGCCCCCUCCCCUCGCUCCAUGCAGCAGAACGCUGGCAUGCACGUCUCCGCGGCAAACAAGCCAUCCUACAGCCAGCACCCGGCCAUGUCUAUGGGGGGCCGCGGGGGCGCCGUCUCCGUGGCGACCGGCUCCAAAUCCGGGCUGGUGGUGAGCCCGGCCGGUGGCAUGGGGGGCCCCCAGGGACCGGCGGGAUCCCUCCCCUCGCACCAGCAGCCCAAGGGGCCGGCGGGCAUGGGGGGCGGCGUGGGUGGUGGGGGCGGCGGGGGAGGCGUCGGCGGAGGGGGCGUGCUGGCCGAGUCCCCGGCGAGCCGGCAGGCGGCCGCCAAGCUGGCGCUACGCAAGCAGCUGGAGAAGACGCUGCUGGAGAUCCCGCCGCCCAAGCCGCCGGCGCCCGAGCUCGCGUUCAUGCCCAGCGCCGUCAACGCCGAAUUCAUCUACCUGCUGGGCCUCGAGCAGGCCGUCACCACGCUGCUGCAGGGCAACGGCAAGGUGCGCAUGCUGCACGUGGAGCCGUUUGCGUGCGGCCACUGCGGUACGGACUUCACGCCUCGCUGGGCGCGCGACCGCUGCGGCCUCGUGCUGUGCGAGCGCUGCCUCGCUGUGGGCCACAAGCGCGCGCUGCGCGCCGAGCACACAGAGCGCCUCAAGGCCGCGUUCCUCCGCGCGCUGCAGCAGGAGCAGGAGAUUGAGCAGCAGUUCAAGCAGCAGCAGUCGUCCCUAACUCCGGGGAAAGGAGAGUCGGUGAUUCACCACCGGCCCACGCUCAAGCAGUCCCAGCCACCCAUGCUGCAGCAGAGGGGCCCCCAGGUGGGGGUGCGGGGUAUGGGGCCUCCUUACUCUCCUGCAGGCAGCUUGCUGGGCGGAGCAGCCGGCAUGAACAUGCUGUACGUGCGUCCGGGCAGCAUGGGCGUUCACAAACCGCCGGGCUCCCCGUCGCCCGCCGACCGCCAGAGGGAAUACCUCCUCGACAUGAUCCCAUCCCGCACGCUGCCCAAACCCGGCACGCCCACCCCGUGGAAGUGAGCGCAGUGGAGUGGACCGGUCCGGGGCGUGCGCUCGGGAGGGGGCUGCCGCACACCAGCCCCCAACCCCACCACCACCACCACCACCGCUCCCCCCCCCGCACAAACUCCUACCGCACGAGGCGAGAUGGACCGGCCUGCCGGGGGCGUGCAGAGGAGGCAGAGCUCGAGCAACCACCACCUGCAGCACCCCCUAACCAUCGCCCCCCCUCUGCGUGACAUGGUGAAGUCCGGCUGUCAGAGGUGGGGGGGGGUUCAGCCGGGCACUACUAUUGCAUGGCGGGCACUACCAUUGCGUGGUGGUCAAGGGGGGGAAGGGGGGGUUUGUGGGCCUGUGUCGUGUUCGUGUCUUUGCACUUGUAUUAGCAGAGGAAGAGCCCAUUCUCUUUACAUUGAAAAUGUUAGUGAUAUAGUGGAGCUGAGCGUCAAUCAUAAUUGUAAUAUUGAAACAAAUGGAGGGUGGGGAGGGCGGGGGUGGGGUAAGAUUUCUUAUUGCAUUUUUUUUUUACCAAGACGUACGAAGAUAAAGCACUUUCACUCAUAUGCAGAGCAUCGUGCAUAGCAUCGUACAUAGAGCAUCGUGCAUAGCAUCGUACAUAGAGCAUCCUGCAGUGCAUCGUACAGAGAGCAUCCUGCAGUGCAUCGUACAGAGAGCAUCGUACAGAGAGCAUCGUGUAGGGGCAUCCUACAGAGCGCAUCGUACAGAGAGCAUCGUACAGACAGCAUCGUGCAUAGAGCAUCGUGCAGUGCAUCGUACAUAGAGCAUUGUGCAGUGCAUCGUACAUAGAGCAUUGUGCAGUGCAUCGUACAGAGAGCAUCGUGUAGGUGCAUCGUACGAAGAGCAUCGUACAGAGAGCAUCGUACAGAGAGCAUCGUGUAGGGGCAUCGUACAGAGAGCAUCGUGCAUAGAGCAUC